AUGAUUAACUCGCUACGUGUUGGUGAAGUGCGCCGGGCCCGUCCCUUAGCAACAGGAUGCGCCUUCUGUAACAAACAAGAUGGCUUGAAGAUAUGCGGGAGCUGCAAGGCCGCUUACUUCUGCUGUGAAGAACAUAAAGCAGCCAUGGGCAUAUACCACCUCGACCCGUGCGAGAAGGUGCGUGAGUGGCGACCUCAACUUGUCCAGUAUCCGUUUAUAGACCCGACUGGGGGAAAUGUACACCCUCAUGAUGCAGAUACGGACACCUUGAUUCAUAAUCUUGCUUAUGCUAAUAGGUGGAUGACUUGCCGCACGGCCCUUGCGCAGUGUCUGGGUGGAAUAAACACAAGAUUAGCCGCCGAGGAACGGCUAGAGCUGCUCAUAGAGAUUAUCCCGAUGAAUAUAUAUGCACAGGUCACGAUCUGUCGGCUCAUGAUUGGUUUAGACCGUGAUCUGGAAGCGUAUGAUCUUAUAAAACGAUCGAUUCUGGGGUCAAAUAAGCAAUACGCCAACGGACAAAUUUUUAAACCAGAUCAAGACUGGUUUAAAGAUAAGGAGGAAGCGGACCCAUGGGAAGACGUCACAUACAUGAGAAGGGAAGGUAUCAUGUCAAAUUUUGCGGUAUAUCAAUUUCUGUCGGUCGCCCUGAUGAAGGUCAAAAUGCUAAUGGACUUGGAAACUAUCCAAGAAGCCUCCUGCGCCUUUGGGUUCAAAGUGCCACUAGAGAUCUUUAAUAUCAUCUGUUCCUUCGCUGCAAUUAGCCCUAUUACCCAGAUAAAGGGAGCAAUUCAGGACACAGACAAUCAAAGGGAGCAAAUUGACGUGCUUCGCCAACAGAUUCGAUUUUUAUAUGAUACCGUGGACAACCAUAACAAGGCUAUUUGGCCGUGCCUCAUUUCUGGAGAACGACUUUUUGUGUGCGUUUUUUCCUUCCAAGUGUGGGCCGUCGGACCUCCCCCGAACUGGCCCUAUAACACAGAUCAUCUGCCUUGUGUAGGUGAUGGCUGUAUAGCUGAGGCUUGGGUGACGAUCCCCGGCGCCUUGGCUCGUAUUGCUAGGUUCCAGCGUUCAUAA